AUGAGGGACACCAUCACCUCCCAGUACGAUUCCUUCCUUUACUGGAGAAUGCCCAUACCUGAACUGGACCUUUCUGAACUGGAGUGCCUGGGACUGGCCGACCUCGCCCUCUUCAAGCCCAAACGGGGCCUCGGCAGCCUCGUGUCCGAGCAGAAGAGCCAGAAGCCAAGCCUGGGGGAGCCGGAAGACGCGGAGGGGGCCUUGCUCCCCUUCAGCAGUUUCAACUUCUGGAGAGCCCCCAUCGCAAGCAUCAGCCCUGUAGAUUUCGACCUCCUCUGAAGCCUGGCAGCCUGGCGGAAGCCGCGAAUCUUCUUCUUCUUUUUUAAAUUAUACCCCCAACUGCAUCUUUCCUGGUGGUGUUUACUCCCUUCCCAAACUUCUCUGUGGUUCCUCUGUGCCGUGUUCGCGCGCUCAUGUGUCUGAAUCACUUGCCAUAAAACUAAAGUGGUAUGAGUGUAUUUGCUAAAAUACUGUAUCUCUCCACCCCCUCCCCCAGAGCCCCCCAGAUCUGCCAGGGUCCAGGAGGACUAGGAGA